GGCUAGAGGUCCAUGUUUUGGUUUCAAAGAUUUAUGGGUAGAAUAUAAUAAAUCACAAAGAUCUACUGUCGGUAUAAGUAAGCAACACUCUUACGAAUUAGGAAUUAUUGAUAAAGAUACUUUUGAAAUAGAAGAAUAUGAG